GGAAGGGCGGCCUCUCCCCGCCCCGGGCACUUGGUUCCCCUUCGCAGCCCCCCGUGUGUGGGAGGGGGGUCGUGGGUUUGAGGAGGCCGACCCUUCCCUUCCCCGGCCGCACUUUCCGCCCUUGUGCGGGAAGCGAGGGAGGAGAGGCGGACGAGGAAGCGCCGUUCACAGCUUCUCCAAGGGCUGCUUCUUAAUUUUAUGUGUGUUUUUUUCUGCAACAGUGCGAGGAGAGGCAGUGGGUUUGUUUGGGGCGGGGAGGGAAUUGCAAAAGUGCCGGGUGCUCCGUGUCUGCAGCCCCUGGGCGCGCGUAUCGGAAGCUGGGCCUGGCUGCGCACGCUCACCCGCCCCAGACAAAACAUGCUUAUCAAGGCCUUAAGACGGGAAAGUUGCCUCUUCGAGUGGGGCCAAAGGUCUGAUAAGCCCACAGCCUUGUUCCCCCAGCAGUGCACUAGGCUAUUAUAUUAUAUACAUAUAUUAAUAUAUGAUGUUAUUUAGGUGGGAUGUCUAUUAUUCCAUUGCUGCUGUUGGCCUGAUCUAACCUGCUUUUUCCUUUGUUCAUCCUCCUGCGAGCAGGCUUCCGACAAACGUUUGCAUGCAAUAUUUGUCCCUGAGAGUUAGGAGCGGGACUCCUGGUCCACGUGGGUAGCAUGUCUGUUGGUCUUGUGUUUGUGUGUAGUUGCCAUCGAGCUGAAUUUUGUGGUGGCUAUUGUGUAGCUUGAUGGUUUCCGAGUGGAAUUAGAAAUCAGAAAUGUGCACACUUUCCCCACAAGGUUUUGUUUCGUUUUUUAAAUUGGGUGACUAGAAGCCACAAUUCCCUCCCUUAGUUUAAUCGGAUAAUUGAUGCUGUCCUUUCACCUCUUCAUCGCUACUUACUAUCCUAGGCUUGAUGCAGGUGCCUAAACUGAAAUUGGUGUAAAACGUUGUAGCUGUUCCUCAUGUAGCAUUAUAAACAAAUAUUCCAUAACAAAUGUUUACAUUUAACUAUGUUUUUUAAAGAAAUUGCAAACUCUGGGCAGAUUUGUUUGGAUUCAAAUUUGGGCUUCUGCAGUGGCAGUUCUGUUACUUCUGAAAAUUUCCCAGUUAGAAAGCUGGACCUUAGCUCAGGUAACCUCUAUGCAAGGCAGUAUAUAUGGUCAGUAAAGGGACUUGUUUUCCGUGUUCUGUAGAAACGACCAUCAGAAGUAAGAGGAUGACUGACUUUUAAAAUACAUCUCUUCUAAACAUGUGGAAAAUGUGAACACAAUUUUAGAGCAUGUUCAAGCAUCGCAAAAUCAACCUCGGAUUAACUCCAGCACCACUUUGCUGCUGUGUGCUAGAUGAGUCCUUGGGAGCCUCCAGUCAAUGGAUCUGAUAGGCCCACUGAGCCUCAAAAUGUUGGCCCACCAAGCUAUUUUUGGUGAACCACCUUUCCCAUGUCUGACUUAUAGAUUCUUUCUUUGCAGUUCUGGCCACAGCUGCUUCUUCCUUUGCAGCUGCAGCUUGAAUUCAGUCUGAAGCAGGAAGAAUUGGGAGCACAAGAGUAUGCACCAUUUUCUCCUUUGCAGCUGUGGAUUGAAGGUCCGCAGCCAGUUGAAGGCCGUUUGGCAACGUGCAAGAGCAACCUGCUGAAGUCCUGGAAGAACAUGCAAUGGAAGUCUUCAGCUGGAGAGCAAAAAGCCAGUGGGUGGCCUCGGGGUGCUGUGGGUACGAGUGUUGCUGAAUAAUCACUGGCUGACAGCGACAUGACAGAGUAGAAGAUCAGCCUUACAUCUUAUACCAGAGAAGCCAGAUCACAGGAGACAGUUGACAGCACUAUUAAGCCUAUGCUUGGCCCAGCACAAGAGGACCAGCGACAACCUGUUUUUAUAAUCAACAACACAAAAUUGUGAUCACCCCAAUGUCACCGAAUGGCCACAGCUUGUAAAAGAUCACCAGGAGAACCUCACUCUGAAAAUAUUGAAGCUAGCCGAAUGAAGCGAGCAGCUGCAAAGCAUCUAAUAGAACGCUACUACCAUCAGUUAACUGAGGGCUGUGGAAAUGAAGCCUGCACGAAUGAAUUUUGUGCUUCCUGUCCAACUUUCCUCCGUAUGGAUAACAAUGCAGCAGCCAUUAAAGCCCUCGAGCUUUAUAAGAUUAAUGCAAAACUCUGUGAUCCUCAUCCCUCCAAGAAAGGAACAAGCUCAGCUUACCUAGAAAACAAUUCCAAAGGUGCCCACAACAACUCCUGCACUGACAGAAAAAUGAACAAGAAGGAAAUGCAAGGCCCAAGAGAUGACUUUAAAGAUGUGACAUUCUUAACAGAAGACAAAGUCUAUGAAAUCCUUGAGCUAUGUAGAGAAAAAGAGGACUAUUCACCUUUAAUCCGUGUCAUCGGGAGAGUGUUUUCUAGCGCUGAAGCUUUGGUACAGAGCUUUCGAAAAGCCAAGCAGCAUACUAAGGAAGAACUGAAAUCUCUUCAAGGAAAGGAUGAAGAUAAGGAUGAAGAUGAAAAGGAAAAAGCUGCCUGUUCUUCUGCCAUGGAAGAAGAUUCGGUUGCACCAUCAUCAUCAUCAUCCAGAACAGGCGAUGCCGCGCAGGGGGAUAACAACCUACAAAAAUUAGGCCCAGAAGAAGUGUCUGUAGACAUUGAUGCAGUCAGACGGGUCUACAAUAGAUUGCUUUCUAACGAAAAAAUAGAAUCUGCCUUUUUAAAUGCACUUGUGUACUUGUCGCCCAAUGUGGAAUGUGACUUGACUUACCAUAAUGUGUACUCUCGAGAUCCUAACUAUCUCAACUUGUUUAUUAUUGUAAUGGAAAAUGGUAAUCUUCACAGUCCUGAAUAUCUGGAAAUGGCACUGCCAUUGUUUUGCAAAGCAAUGAGUAAGCUACCUUUAGCAGCUCAAGCGAAGCUGGUCAGAUUGUGGUCAAAGUAUAGCGCAGACCAGAUCCGACGGAUGAUGGAAACGUUUCAGCAACUUAUAACCUACAAGGUCAUAAGCAAUGAGUUCAACAGUCGCAACUUAGUGAAUGAUGACGAUGCCAUUGUCGCUGCUUCAAAGUGCUUAAAAAUGGUUUACUAUGCAAAUGUAGUGGGAGGGGAUGUGGACACGGAUCACAAUGAGGAGGAAGACGAAGAGCCAAUCCCAGAAUCCAGCGAGCUAACGCUUCAGGAACUGCUGGGCGAGGAGAGAAGAAAUAAAAAAGGACCCCGAGUAGACCCACUGGAAACGGAACUUGGUGUAAAAACUAUAGAUUGCCGAAAACCACUUAUACCCUUUGAAGAGUUUAUCAAUGAGCCACUGAAUGACGUUCUAGAAAUGGACAAAGAUUACACCUUCUUCAAGGUAGAAACAGAAAACAAAUUCUCCUUUAUGACGUGCCCCUUUAUAUUGAAUGCUGUUACGAAAAACCUGGGAUUGUAUUAUGACAACAGAAUCCGUAUGUACAGUGAACGGCGCAUCACCGUACUCUACAGUUUAGUUCAAGGACAGCAGUUAAAUCCGUAUUUGCGACUCAAAGUGAGACGGGAUCACAUCAUAGAUGAUGCUCUUGUCCGGUUAGAAAUGAUUGCCAUGGAAAACCCAGCAGAUUUGAAAAAACAAUUGUAUGUGGAAUUUGAAGGAGAACAAGGGGUUGAUGAAGGAGGAGUUUCCAAAGAGUUUUUCCAGCUAGUUGUAGAGGAAAUCUUCAACCCAGAUAUUGGAAUGUUCACUUACGACGAGUCUACAAAAUUGUUUUGGUUUAACCCAUCAUCUUUUGAAACUGAGGGGCAGUUUACACUGAUUGGAAUUGUGCUGGGUCUGGCCAUUUACAAUAACUGUAUUCUGGAUGUCCAUUUCCCAAUGGUUGUCUACAGGAAACUAAUGGGCAAAAAAGGAACUUUCCGUGACCUGGCAGACUCUCACCCUGUUCUCUAUCAAAGCUUAAGAGACUUGUUGCAGUAUGAGGGAAGCGUGGAAGAUGAUAUGAUGAUAACCUUUCAGAUAUCUCAUACAGAUCUCUUUGGUAAUCCAAUGAUGCACGAUUUAAAGGAAAAUGGAGAUAAAAUCCCUAUUACAAAUGAAAACAGAAAGGAAUUUGUGAAUCUGUAUUCUGACUACAUUCUCAACAAAUCAGUGGAGAAGCAGUUUAAGGCCUUUCGGAGAGGAUUCCACAUGGUAACCAACGAAUCUCCCUUAAAAUAUUUAUUUAGACCUGAAGAGAUUGAAUUGCUCAUUUGCGGAAGUAGGAAUCUAGACUUUCAAGCUCUAGAAGAAACUACAGAGUAUGAUGGCGGCUAUACCAGAGACUCUCUAAUUAUUAGAGAAUUUUGGGAAAUAGUCCAUUCAUUUACAGACGAGCAAAAAAGACUAUUCCUCCAGUUUACAACAGGCACAGACAGAGCCCCAGUAGGAGGACUCGGAAAACUAAAGAUGAUUAUAGCCAAAAAUGGCCCUGACACAGAAAGGUUACCGACGUCUCACACAUGCUUUAAUGUCCUUCUGCUUCCAGAGUACUCCAGCAAAGAAAAACUUAAAGAGAGAUUGUUGAAGGCCAUCACAUAUGCCAAAGGAUUUGGCAUGCUGUAAUGAAAAUAAAUAAAAUAACAAAAGGGAUUAAAAAGAUUUGGUGGUGAUGGUGUCCCUGUCCAAAAUAAAUAAAUAAAAUAACCCCCACCCC